AUGCAGCAGCAAAUUAUUUCCUCAAGUUGCAAGGCAACUUCUACCAAAUACACGCAUAACUCCUUUUCACACCUUUUACAACACACAUUAUCCUUCAAAUUAAUUUCUUUAAUCUCUUUAAUCUUUUUAUCAGUAUUAAUCGAAGCUGCUCCAGUACCUAAUACUCUUGGAUCCAUUACAUCACUCCCUGUUUUAACAAGCUGUGCUAAUUACGCUGCUGCUGCUUAUUCUAAGGCUCCUCUUCAAAAUUGGGACUGUGGAGAAGUCUGUAUGGCAACUAAGGGUACCCGAUUGGUUAAAGAUUUUAGCAACCCUCAGCUUAAUACAAGGGGUUACAUAGCCAUGGAGCCAGAAAAAAAAUUAAUCGUCGUAGCAUUUAGAGGAACGGAACCAGGAAGUAUUAGAAAUUACAUUUCUGACUUUACCACUUUACACGACCUUUGGAAACCUGCUUCACCUGUUAGGGCCUUGGUACACCGUGGAUUUCUUUAUGCUUGGGAACAAAUUCAACCCCAAGUUACCGAUGAUCUUUUAAAAUUAAUCCAAGAAAAUCCCGAUUACAGUGUCGGAUUUACGGGUCACAGUUUAGGUGGUGCACUUACUACAUUAUCGGCAUUAGAUCUUAUACAUAAAGCGCCAGAAUUAGCUAAAAAUGAAAAAUUGUUUAUUUCUACAUUUGGUCAACCAAGAAUGGGUGAUGAUGCAUUUGCUAAAUUUGUUGAUGAUAACAUAAAAGCAGUAAGAUCUAUAGUUCGUGGUGAUCCAGUUACUCGUUUGCCUCCAUCAUGGCCAAUUCCAUUUAUUGGGUUCUAUAAACAUUUUGGUGAAGAAUUAUAUAUAAAUAAUCCUGAUCAAGAUCCAAAUGACUUUCAGGAAUGUAAUGCUGAAGAUCCAAAUUGUUCUGAAUCGGUACCUUUUGGUCAGUUAAAGCUAAAGUAUCAUUCGGGUCCCUAUUAUGGUGUUAAUAUGAGAGAUGCUAAUAAAGGGCCCAAUGUAAAUUCCAUUGAAGAUUCCAAUGAAGGUGACGAAAAUUUCGAUUACUCAGCUGAUCCUUAUUUCAAUUAUGACCCAAAUUACAAUUAUGAGGGAGCUAUGGGAGUUAACGGGGGAGUUAACGCUACUAAGGAAGUUAACGGUACUACUAAGGAAGUUAAAGACUUAAAAUAG